AUGUUACAACAUCAUGCUACUCUACUCUACUCUACUCUACUCUACUCUACUCUACUCUACUCUACUCUACUCUACUCUACUCUACUCUACUCUACUCUACUCUACUCUACUCUCUGGUCUCUCUCCCUCCCCGGUCUCUCUCCCUCCCCGGUCUCUCUCCCUCCCCGGUCUCUCUCCCUCCCCGGUCUCUCUCCCUCCCCGGUCUCUCUCCCUCCCCGGUCUCGCUCCCUCUCCGGUCUCGCUCCCUCUCCGGUCUCUCUCCCUCCCCCUCCCCGGUCUCUCUCCCUCCCCGGUCUCUCUCCCUCCCCGGUCUCUCUCCCUCCCCGGUCUCUCUCCCUCCCCGGUCUCUCUCCCUCCCCGGUCUCUCUCCCUCCCCGGUCUCGCUCCCUCUCCGGUCUCGCUCCCUCUCCGGUCUCUCUCCCUCCCCCUCCCCGGUCUCUCUCCCUCCCCGGUCUCUCUCCCUCCCCGGUCUCUCUCCCUCCCCGGUCUCUCUCCCUCCCCGGUCUCUCUCCCUCCCCGGUCUCUCUCCCUCCCCGGUCUCUCUCCCUCCCCGGUCUCUCUCCCUCUCCGGUCUCGCUCCCUCUCCGGUCUCGCUCCCUCUCCGGUCUCUCUCCCUCCCCCUCCCCGGUCUCUCUCCCUCCCCGGUCUCUCUCCCUCCCCGGUCUCUCUCCCUCCCCGGUCUCUCUCCCUCCCCGGUCUCUCUCCCUCCCCGGUCUCUCUCCCUCCCCGGUCUCUCUCCCUCUCCGGUCUCGCUCCCUCUCCGGUCUCGCUCCCUCUCCGGUCUCCUCCCUCCCUCUCCGGUCUCCCUCCCUCUCCGGUCUCCCUCCCUCUCCGGUCUCCCUCCCUCUCCGGUCUCGCUCCCUCUCCGGUCUCCCUCCCUCUCCGGUCUCCCUCCCUCUCCGGUCUCCCUCCCUCUCCGGUCUCGCUCCCUCUCCGGUCUCGCUCCCUCUCCGGUCUCCCUCCCUCUCCGGUCUCCCUCCCUCUCCGGUCUCGCUCCCUCUCCGGUCUCGCUCCCUCUCCGGUCUCUCUCUCCCUCCCCCUCCCCGGUCUCUCUCCCUCCCCGGUCUCUCUCCCUCCCCGGUCUCUCUCCCUCCCCGGUCUCUCUCCCUCCCCGGUCUCUCUCCCUCCCCGGUCUCUCUCCCUCCCCGGUCUCCCUCCCUCUCCGGUCUCGCUCCCUCUCCGGUCUCGCUCCCUCUCCGGUCUCGCUCCCUCUCCGGUCUCUCUCCCUCCCCCUCCCCGGUCUCUCUCCCUCCCCGGUCUCUCUCCCUCCCCGGUCUCUCUCCCUCCCCGGUCUCUCUCCCUCCCCGGUCUCUCUCCCUCCCCGGUCUCUCUCCCUCCCCGGUCUCUCUCCCUCCCCGGUCUCGCUCCCUCUCCGGUCUCGCUCCCUCUCCGGUCUCGCUCCCUCUCCGGUCUCUCGCUCCCUCUCCGGUCUCGCUCCCCUCUCGGUCUCGCUCCCUCUCCGGUCUCGCUCCCUCUCCGGUCUCGCUCCCUCUCCGGUCUCGCUCCCUCUCCGGUCUCGCUCCCUCUCCGGUCUCGCUCCCUCUCCGGUCUCCCUCCCUCUCCGGUCUCCCUCCCUCUCCGGUCUCCCUCCCUCUCCGGUCUCCCUCCCUCUCCGGUCUCGCUCCCUCUCCGGUCUCCCUCCCUCUCCGGUCUCCCUCCCUCUCCGGUCUCCCUCCCUCUCCGGUCUCCCUCCCUCUCCGGUCUCGCUCCCUCUCCGGUCUCCCUCCCUCUCCGGUCUCCCUCCCUCUCCGGUCUCCCUCCCUCUCCGGUCUCUCUCCCUCCCCCUCCCCGGUCUCUCUCCCUCCCCGGUCUCUCUCCCUCCCCGGUCUCUCUCCCUCCCCGGUCUCUCUCCCUCCCCGGUCUCUCUCCCUCCCCGGUCUCUCUCCCUCUCCGGUCUCCCUCUCCGGUCUCCCUCCCUCUCCGGUCUCCCUCCCUCUCCGGUCUCCCUCCCUCUCCGGUCUCCCUCCCUCUCUGGUCUAUUAG